AUGGCUACCCCUAGUGUCCUCGCUUUUGACGCUGAGGGUCGAGCCAUUGACUUUGAGGUCUGGGUCGACGACCUGCAGCUGUUCUUACAGUGCGAUAGGGCGGACGGUCUUUCUCUCUUUCACCUCACCUCUCGCCCCUCUCCUGCCCCUGCUGCUGAUGCUGACCCCACUGUUCACUCUCAGUGGGCCACCCGCGAUGCUGCUGCACGUCUUGCUGUGCGUCGCCACCUGCCUACCACUGAGCGUGCGCACUUUAGUCAGUACAAGAGUGCUCAUACCUUGUACGAAGCUGUAGUUGUGCGCUACUCUUCCCCUGCCACUGCCGCACUGAGCCGCCUCAUGCUACCGUACCUCUUCCCUGACCUUGCUACCUUUCCCACAGUCGCUGACCUCAUUACGCACCUCCGCACUAGUGACACUCGCUACCGCGCCGCGCUUUCUGCUGAGUUCUGCGCCAAGAACCCCCACCCCAUGUACAUCACCCUCUAUUACAUAGUCACCCACCUCCCUGACUCCCUUCGCGUAGUCAGGGACCACUUCCUCCCAGUCUGUCCCACCACUCUCACUGUUGACCUCCUAGAGAAGGCCCUCUUAGCAAUGGAGAAGAGCAUAGUUUCUGUAGGAGCCUCUCGUGGUGACCCUCGCACCCCCAUCUUUGAGGGGUGUUCCCCUUCCCCCCUGUUGCCCUCUGUCGCCUCUGCUGCUGCGGCCAACCUACUUGGUCUUGAGUCGGUCGGUGCGGCGUCUGCCCCUAGCGGGAGACGCCGCUCUGGCAAGGGCAAGGGGGGCAAGGGCGCGGAUGGAGUUGGCGGGGAUGGUGGAGGUGGCGGUGGAGGCGGCGGAGGGAGUGUGAGUGGCGGUGGGAGUGGUGGCGGGGGUGGAGGUGUCGGUGGCAGCAGUGGAGGCGGAGGCGGCGGAGGCGGUAGCGGUGGGAGCGGAGGCGGCGGUGGUGGCGGAGGUGGAGGCGGCGGUGGCGGAGGAGGUGGAGCUGGUCGGGGUGGUGCCUCGCAGCGGAGCGGCUCUGGUGGUGGUCAGCGCCAGCAGCAGCAGCGUUCUCGGGACAUCCCCCCUCUUCAGCAGCUCCGUGAGUGGUACACGCAGCGUCAGCGUGGUGGGGGUUUUGGUCCGUGCACCUACGUCCUUCGCUCCGGCGACCGCGCGGGUGAGCAGUGUGGGGGUGCCCACCCCACCCAGCGCUGCUUUGGCCGCCUGACGGACGCUUGGCGUCAGCAGUUCCCCGAGGCUAGUGAGAUCCCCCGCUGGGAAGAGCUGUUUAAGGCAGGUGUAGCUAUCUAUGAUCCUGAUUUUGAUGCUAUCCUUGCUGCCAUGUAUGCUGUGACUAUUAGUGAUGAGGGUGACUGUUACCGGUGUUUCCCGCCCGACUCGGGCAUUGGUACUGCUACGCUAGGUGCUCGUGAGGCUACUCCUCUAGGUGUUAGCGCGUCUGCGCCCUCAGGUACUGGUGAGGCUGGCCUCUCAGGUACCGCGUUGGCUUCGGCCUCCCUCACCUUCACACUUGACUCGGGGGCUUCUCGCUCCUUCUUUCGAGACCGCACCACACUCACGCCGCUUGGUCGGCCGGUUGCCGUCUCCCUUGCUGACCUCUCUGGGGGUCCUGUCCUCUCUCACUUCUCCACUGUCCUCCCGUGUCCGGCUGCCCCCUCGGGCACCUUGUCUGGUCUUUACCUCCCCUCGUUCUCAACGAACUUGGUAGCUGCGUCGAGUCAGGUAGCUGCGUCGGGUCAGGUGUUUGCUGCAGCGUCCAGGUCUGGUCCUGAGUCUGCCCCCCGCUCGUGUCGCAACCUGUCUCACGAGACUCUCCUGUGGCACCACCGUCUUGGCCACCCCUCCCUGCCUCGUCUUCGGGGCAUGGCUUUCCGUGUCCUUGGGCGGCUCCGGGCUGCCCCUCAUUCCUCCCAGUUUCCCCCGACAGAGGCUCCUCUGCAGACGCUUCACAUGGACGUGUGGGGCCCCGCCCGCGUCCGUGGACAGGGUCACGAGCGCUACUUCCUGCUGGUGGUUGACGACUACUCGCGUUACACCACGGUCUUCCCCUUGCGCAGCAAGGGUGAUGUCACUAAGGUGUUGAUCGACUGGAUCUGCGCAGCUCGUCUCCAGCUCAGGAGGAGCUUCGGCUCCGACUUUCCUGUUCUGCGUCUACACUCUGACCGAGGCGGAGAGUUUUCCUCUGGCCUUCUGCGAGCCUACUGUCGUGCGCGAGGCAUCCGCCAGACCUUUAUGCUUCUGGACUCUCCACAGCAAAAUGGGAUUGCUGAGCGCCGCAUUGGCAUGGUCAUGGACGUCGCUCGUACGUCCAUGAUGCAUGCGGCUGCCCCCCAUUUUCUGUGGCCGUUUGCAGUUCGGUACGCGGCGCAUCAGAUCAACCUUCACCCUAGGGUCUCCCGGCCGGAGACCUCCCCAGCUCUACUGUGGACGGGGAAGGUCAGCGAUGCGUCUGCGUUCCGUGUCUGGGGAUCUCAGGCGUUUGUCCGCGACUUGUCUACGGACAAGCUGUCCCUUCGUGCUGCUCCCUGUGUCUUCCUUGGCUUCCCCCCUGACGCACCACGGUGGCAGUUCUACCACCCCUCUUCUCGUCGUGGUCCUGCCCCUUCAGGUGUGUCCCAGGUAGACGCAGUCGAGCCGGUCGAGGUUGCAGGUGACUCUGGUACUGCCGCGGGUGCUGCGCCUGGGGGUGCUGACUUUGGGGGUGCUGCGCGCGAGGGUGCUGAGCCUGGGGGUGCUGAGUCUGGGGGUGCUACGACUAGGGGUGCUGACUCUGGGGGUGCUGACUCUGGGGGUGCUGACUCUGGGGGUGCUGACUCUGGGAGUGCUGCGCGCGCGGGUGCUAAGCCUGGGGGUGCUGACUCUAAGGGUGCUGCGCGCGUCGGUACUGCGACUGGGGGUGCUGAGCUUGGGGGUGCUGAGCCUGGGGGUGCUACUUCAGGAGCUACUGAGCAAGGGGGUGCUACGUCUAGAGGUGCGGAGCCUGCGGCCGCUGGACCUCCCCUUGUGGCGUCUGGAGGUUCUCCGGGUGCUUCGUCUCGGCGGGAGCCCCUCUCUCCACAGGAGCUGCGCGAGUGGUUUGCUCGCCGCUGGAGGCGUACUGCUGGCGCUGGAGCGUCUUCGGCCGCUGAGGGUGCUGGUGCUGCCGGUCCCGCAGCUGCUGGGCCUGCGGGUCCGACUGGAGCUUGA